CGGCAGCGGCAGCGCAGCGGCUUCGGGGUCCCGCCCUGCCGCCCGCGCCCUCGCGCGGGUCCCCGGCGCCGCCGCCGCCGCCGCCGCCCCCCAUGCGCGAGCUCCAGGCUCCCGCAACACAUUUUGCAACUGUUUUCCUUUCUCCCACCCCUCCUUUUUGCAUAAGGGGAAAAAAGUUGUGUCGAAACUGGUCCACCGAUUGCCACCUCCCAAUUAUCCUUUCUCCCCUCCCCACUUUUUUUUUUUUUUUUUUUUUUCCCUAAGAGGCGACAACAUUGUUUAGUGUUUAUUUUGUUUGGCGAUCGAUAGCUUCCUUCGCUUUGUCGGGGCGGCUGCUGAGCGGCGGAGCGGCGCGGACCUCAUGUAGACAUGACAACAAUGGAAGGGGCCAGCGGGUCGAGCUUUGGGAUAGACACGAUCCUGUCCGGUGCCGGCUCGGGCAGCCCGGGCAUGAUGAACGGAGAUUUCCGCCCGCUCGGCGGCGAGGCGGCGAGGACCGCGGAUUUUAGGAGCCAGGCCACUCCGUCGCCCUGUUCCGAGAUCGACACCGUGGGAACGGCGCCUUCCUCUCCCAUCUCGGUCACCAUGGAGCCCCCGGAGCCGCAUCUGGUGGCGGACGGGCCCCCUCACCACCACCACCUGCACCACGGCCAGCCGCCGCCGCCGCCCGCCGCGGCCCCCGCGCCGAGUUUGCAGCCUUCGCCGCCGCAGCCGCCGCAGCCGCCCGCGCAGCAGCUGGGCUCGGCCGCCUCCGCCCCCCGGACCGCCACCUCUUCCUUUCUAAUCAAGGACAUCCUGGGCGACAGCAAGCCCCUGGCGGCGUGCGCGCCCUACAGCACCAGCGUCCCCUCGCCCCACCACACCCCGAAGCCGGAGGGCCCCGCCGCGCACGAGAGCUUCAGGCCGAAGCUGGAGCAGGAGGACAGCAAAACCAAGCUGGACAAGCGGGAGGAUUCCCAGAGCGACAUCAAAUGCCACGGAACAAAGGAGGAAGGAGACCGGGAGAUCACGAGUAGCCGGGAGAGUCCCCCUGUGAGAGCCAAAAAGCCUCGCAAAGCCAGGACAGCUUUCUCCGACCACCAGCUCAAUCAGCUGGAGCGUAGCUUUGAGCGGCAGAAGUACCUGAGCGUGCAGGACCGCAUGGACCUGGCGGCUUCGCUCAACCUCACGGACACCCAGGUCAAGACCUGGUACCAGAACCGCAGGACCAAGUGGAAGCGGCAGACGGCGGUGGGCCUGGAGCUGCUGGCCGAGGCGGGCAACUACUCGGCGCUGCAGCGGAUGUUCCCGUCGCCCUACUUCUACCACCCGAGCCUGCUGGGCGGCGUGGACAGCAGCGCGGCCGCCGCGGCCGCCGCCGCCAUGUACAGCAGCAUGUACCGGACUCCGCCCGCGCCGCACCCGCAGCUGCAGCGGCCGCUGGUGCCCCGCGUGCUCAUCCACGGCCUGGGCCCCGGCGGCCAGCCGGCCCUCAACCCGCUGUCCAACUCCAUGCCGGGCACCCCGCACCCCCGGUGAGGACGGGGAACCACGGAGGCGGCGCUGCGGGCCCUCCACCCUCUCCUCCCCUGCUCGGAAGGCUGCGCUGCCUGCCCCCGCACCGGCCCGGGCCUCCCUCCAGCCGC